CUUCUCUCGUGCCCGAAACCCUGGCUGAUGUCGCUCAAAACCGUCGCCUUCGUCGCCGAGCGAUCGCGCUAGAAGUCGCGGUUAGAGCUGGAAAUGCAACAACGGGAUCGCGACGUACAAAGACCUCCGAAACUCUCAUCUUUCUCCUCCUUCCUGUCCGUUUCUACCAGAAACUAUUGAGAAAGAUUCUCACUUCCUUGUUUGAAGCCAGAAGUUCUAUCUUUUUUGGAACAGAAGGCGCAUGAGCAGAAGUUUUAUCGAAGUACUGCUGCAAAGCAGCUUACAUGGAAUCACCUGAUGGAGCUUCAAGGGAAACCUCUGUUCUCAUUAUUGUGCUCGAAAGUAGUGAAGUUUACAUUAUUGUGAGUCUGUCAACUAGGAGUGAUACUCAAGUAAUUAACAUCGAUCCCACUACUGGUUCACUGAGCUAUAUUGGAAAGCUUGGGCAUGACCUUUUUAACUCUGAAGAAGAAGCUUUGAACUACAUUACGGAUUGUUCGGGGUUUUUAUGUAAGAACACCAUUUAUGCAAGGGCCUUGCUUGGCUAUGCGGCACUUGGAAGCUUUGGAUUACUUCUAGUAGCGACCAGGUUGACCCGCACAAUUUCUCUACUUCCUGGUGGUGGCUGUGUUUACACAAUUACAGAAAGUAAAUGGAUAAAAAUCCAGCUUCAAAACCCUCAGUCACAGGGCAAGGGAGAGCUUAAAAAUAUCCAGGAAUUAGCUGAACUGGACAUUGAUGGAAAACACUAUUAUUGUGAAACAAGGGAUAUUACUCGGCCUUUUCCGAGUGCCAUGACUUCCCAUGAUCCUGAUGAUGAAUUUGUUUGGAAUUCUUGGUUUUCCAAACCAUUCAGGGAUAUUGGCCUGCCAAAACAUUGCAUUGUUCUUCUGCAGGGAUUUGCUGAAUGCAGAAGUUUUGGGAGCUCUGGGUCUGGGAACAUUGUUGCACUCUUUGCUCGUCGAAGUAGGUUGCAUCCUGGUACACGCUAUUUAGCUAGAGGGCUGAACGCAUGUUCUAGCACAGGCAAUGAGGUGGAAUGUGAGCAAUUGGUUUGGGUUGCGCAAAAAGGUGGAGAAAGCUUUCCAUUCAGUUCUUACGUCUGGCGAAGAGGAACCAUACCAAUAUGGUGGGGAGCAGACUUAAAAUUUACUUCUGCAGAAGCUGAAAUUUAUGUUUCUAGCCAGGAACCUUACAAAGGAAGUGCACUUUAUUAUCAAAGAUUAAGUAGAAGAUAUAAAGCCCAGCGUUCAGAUCUUACUGCUGUCAAAGAAAAGAAAGCUCCUUUGAUACCUAUAAUUUGUGUUAACUUGCUCAGAAAUCAGGAGGGAAAGUCGGAAACCAUUUUGGUGGAACAUUUUAAGGAAUCAAUAAAAUAUGUCAAAUCUACAGGUAAACUUCCUUAUACUUGGAUUCAACUCAUAAAUUAUGAUUGGCAUGCUACUGUGAAAUUAAAAGGUGAACAGCAGACUAUUGAUGGACUUUGGAGACUUCUCAAAGCUCCCACGGUAUCCAUUGGCUUUUCUGAAGGGAUUUAUUAUCUUUCAAAACAGAAACUCAAGGAAUGUAGAGGACUUGUCGUCUCUAAUAGUGAUUGUGAUGGUGGGUUCUGCCUAAAUUCACUUCAAAAUGGGGUAAUACGUUUCAACUGUGCCGAUUCUUUGGAUAGAACAAAUGCUGCCAGUUUUUUUGGGUCUCUUCAAGUUUUUGUGGAACAAUGUAAGAGGUUGGGUGUUUUUCUUGACAGAGAUACGCUCUCUGGCUUUACUUCAGUAAAUAGAUUUGGAGAGUAUAGUAAAUAUGGGGUUGGUUCUUUGCCUCCAGGGUGGGAGGAGCGCAAAGAUGCCGUAACAGGGAAGCCUUUCUAUAUUGAUCAUAACACACGUACAACUACAUGGGAACAUCCUUUCCAGGACAAGCCUUGGAAAAGAUUUGACAUGUCAUUUGACCAAUUCAAGAGCUCAACAUUGCUAACUCCUAUAAAUCAUUUAGCAGAUCUAUUCCUACUAGCAGGGGAUAUACAUGCAACGCUCUAUACUGGUUCCAAAGCUAUGCAUAGUCAAAUCCUCAGUAUAUUUAAUGAGGAUGGUGGAAAAUUUAGUAAGUUUUCUGCAGCACAGAAUGUUAAGAUCACUCUGCAAAGAAGAUACCAGAAUGUUAUUGUUGAUAGUUCUAGACAAAAGCAAUUGGAAAUGUUCCUUGGAAUUAGGCUUUUCAAGCAUCUCCCUUCAGUUCCAGUCCAUCCUCUGAAAGUUCUGUCACGGCCCUCUGGAUGCUUCUUGAAACCUAUCCCAAGCUUGAAACCGAUUGAAAGUGGCAGUUCAUGUCUUCUUAGUUUUAGGAAGAAGGACUUGAUUUGGGUUUGUCCUCCAGCAGCUGAUGUUGUUGAACUUUUUAUCUACCUUGCAGAACCUUGCCAUGUCUGUCAGCUUCUUUUGACAGUCUCGCAUGGUGCGGAUGAUUCAUCAUAUCCUGCAACUGUAGAUAUUAGAACAGGAUGUAAUCUUGAUAGGCUUAAACUUGUCCUUGAGGGUGCAUGUAUACCUCAAUGUUCAAGCGGGACAAAUCUGUUGAUUCCUUUGACUGGUAGAAUUGAUCCAGAAGAUUUAGCUGUCACCGGAAAUAGUGCACGCUUACAUGCUCAAGAAAAUUCUUACCUUCCUAUGCUGUAUGACUUUGAAGAAUUGGAGGGUGAAUUGAACUUCCUUACUCGAAUUGUUGCACUCACAUUUUAUCCCUCUGUUCCUGGAAGAACGCCUUUAACUCUUGGUGAGAUUGAAGUCCUUGGUGUUUCUCUUCCAUGGAGGGACAUAUUUAGUAAGAGUGGACUUGGUGCUAAAUUUAUCAAGUUUUCAGGACCAAAAGAACACGACUCUUUCGUAACUAGUCAACACGAAUCCUUUUCAAAUCCAUUUUAUAAUUCACUGCCAAAAAAUAAUACUGCUAUAUCUUUGGCAAAUGGAGGCUUAUCAAAAUUAUCUCUACCAAAUAUUGCCAACCAUGCAGUAGACCUUCUCACAGGUGAUCCAAUACUAUCGCAUUCGAUAUCUCUACCAGAGUUUUCUAAUACAACAGAACAAACAAACACACAGAGUGGAAAUCUUCUUGAUUUCUUCCACGGUUCCACUCCUGAUCAAUAUUCUUCUGCUGAUACUCCUACUGAAUCGCAAGACAGAUUUAACAAUAACCGCAGAGACACAACAAGCUAUAUUAAUAUCUUCAAUUCCUUUGCUUCCAUUAAGGGAAGGGCUCUUGAUUUUCUGCAAGCUUUAAAGCUUGAAAUUGCCCGACUUCAACUGGGCAUCUCUGCUGCCGAAAGGGAUAGAGCUUUAUUAGCGAUAAGCAUUGAUCCUGCAAUGAUAGAUCCAAAUCGUUUAAUUGAUGAGCUCUAUAUGUCAAAAUUAUGCAACUAUGCAGACUGUCUAGCAAUAUUAGGACAGACCACAUUUGAAGAUAAGAUUAAUGCUUCCAUUGGUCUUGAGAUAGAAGAUAAUAAUGAAAUAGAUUUCUGGAACAUUGGAGAAGUUGGAGAUACCUGCAUUGGCACCAAUUGUGAAGUUCGAAUGGAGAAUCAAACUUUGGAGAAGGUAUCUUCUACCGUUUCAAGUAAAAACUUGUCUCGAUUAUUUGUCUGUGCGGAAUGUGAAAGAAAGGUUUGUAAAUUUUGCUGUGCCGGACGGGGUGCUAGUUUGCUUAUAAGUACUUAUAAAGAUUUGAAAAUAUAUGGUAGUUCAUUAGGCCAAAGUGGAUCGAGUCUUAGUUGGCAGAGUGAAGGGGCUUCCACUCAACUUUCAUCUUCUUUGGGUGGGGUUAUAUGUAAAUCCUGUUGUGAUGAAGUAAUACUUGCGGCAUUAUAUGUGGAUUAUUUGAGGGUAUUGGCAGGCUUACGUAGAAGAACUCGGGCAGAUGAUGCUGCAGUUAAUGCCCUUAGCCAUGUUCUUGGGCCUGAAGUCAGCAUGACAUCAGAUUUUUGGCAGGAUAAGGAAUUUUCCAAGAAGCAAUUAAAGAAACUACUAGAUGGAGAGGAAUCGCUUGCUGAAUUUCCUUAUGCUGAUCUAUUAUACACGGUGGAAACAGCAGUUGGCUCGCCACAACCAUUAAUUUCAUUACUUGCGCCACUUGGUGUGGGAGAGCAAUCUUCUUAUUGGAGAGCUCCCCAAAGUUCUCGCACUGUUGAAUUUUCUAUUGUUCUUGGAAGUUUAUCUGAUGUCUCUGGCGUUAUCUUGGUUGUCAGCUCAUGUGGUUAUUCUACGUCAGAUUGUCCUACCGUACAAAUAUGGGCAAGCAAUAAAAUACAUAAGGAUGAGCGCUCUUACAUGGGAAAAUGGGAUGUCCACUCCCUAAUAUCUUCAUUUCCAGAUGUUUAUGGGCCUGAAAAAUCUCAACGCGAUAGUAAUAUUCCAAGGCAUUUAAAGUUUCUCUUUCGUAACCCUGUCCGUUGCAGAAUCAUCUGGAUAGAGCUAAGUCUGGCUAAGUCAGGAUUUUCAGCCAACAUGAAGGAAGAUUUUGACCUUUUUUCUUUUGAUGAAAAUCCUUUUGCUACAAGCAGGCCCAAUAACUCCUCUGUUGGGACAGUAGCAAGCGAUGCAUGUAUCCAUGCAAAGAGGCUUAUAGUAUUUGGCAGCUCUGUAAAAAGAGAGAAUCAGGACAUUUCGCAGAACUCGGACCUAAUGAAAAUGAAAAUUUCAUUAGAUAAUUUUCCACAAUUGGGCCGAUUCAGAGUUCCAAUCGAAUCUGAAAGGUUAACAUAUAAUGACCUUGUCCUUGAGCUGUACUUAUCUCCUGCUGCACCUGCAUUAGCUGGAUUUCGAUUGGAUGCUUUCAGUGUCAUAAGACCUCGAAUUGCCCAUUCACCUUUUUCUUCAGACGUGGAUAUGUGGGAUUCCUCACUAACAGGAUUAGAAGACCGACACGUAAACCCUGCUAUCCUGUACAUGCAAGUUUCUGCUAUUCAGGAACCAAGAAACUAUGUUAACGUUGGAGAGUAUCGGCUACCCGAGGUUAAAGGCGGGACACCGAUUUACUUCGACUUUCCGCGGCAAAUACAAGCAUGCCGAAUUACAUUCAGGCUCCUUGGAGAUGUUGCUGCCUUCAGAGAUGAUAUACCCGAUCAGGAUGACCCGAAUCAAAAAGGCUCGCCUUUGGCCUCCGGAUUAUCAUUGUCAAACAGAAUAAAAUUAUAUUACUACGCCGAUCCUUACGAACUAGGAAAAUUGGCAAGCUUAUCAGCCGUUUGAAGUACAACAAAUGAAGCCAUCAAGAUAAUGUGCAGCACAUUUCUGUAAACUGGCAUUUAUUUAUAAAAUUUAUUGUGGUAAGCAUUUUUAU